CCAUCUGAAAUCUCAGGAAAAGGUGGAGGAGAGCUGUCAUUCCCAAGGUGAUGCUGGUAACAGCAGCGGAAAGGAGACGAGGAAAGCUAGAAAACGAGGAAGAGGCAGAAGACGCAGCCAUGAUGGGCACACCUCUCCGGAGGAAAGCCCCGGCAUAUGAGAUGGCUGAAGCUGAACUUCAUAAGGAAAGGCUCCAAGCCCUGGCGGAAAAGCGGAAAAGACAAGCCGAGAUAGAGGACAAAAGAAGACAACUCGAUGAACUUGUUCUACAACUUCAACAUUUCAAGUCUAAAGCCAUGAGGGAGAGAUGGCUUCUGCAGGGGACACCAGCAAUGCCACAAGAGGAAGAUGAAGGUCGGAGGAAACAGGUCGAGCAAGAUGAACUUCACGUCAAGACACUAGAAGAUGCCAUUCACAGCUCAUCUGGUAGCCGUAUUUGA